ACCCCGUCAAUUCGUUUAUUUCUAGGAAGGCGCCAACAUACUCCCAGGCUCUUGCAGAGAAAAAUCCUUACCACCUCGCUAAGUUUCCUUUCUAACAUUAAGCACACGGUCCCAUUCUUCCCUGUUCCAAACCCACACAUAGAAUUUGGCCUCAAAGAUGGAAUCGCCAAAAUCAACAAUUCAUGCACUUGCUCUGUUUUUAUCGCUAUCACUCUUCAUAUGCAUCGGUUUUGCUGCUUCUGGCGGUAGAAUUGGCGGCAACUCUUUCUCUAAGCGAUCAUCACCACGGUCGUCUUCUCAUUCGUCGCAGUUCUCACCAUCAAAUCAUUAUUGCCAUCAUCAUUAUCGCCAUGGAAGUACAGGGUGCAGUUCAUUAUCAUCUCAAAAUCAGAAGAUUGAGUGGGAAGGAAGUGUAACAUCUACUCCUACCUGGGUUGCUGUUAUUAUAACUAUUGGUGUGGUAGGAGCUAUUUCAGUGGCUGUAUAUUUCGAGUACAUGCACAACAGUGGCAGCGUUAUUAUGGUCCAGGUUGGGUUAACAGGCAAGGCUCCCUCACUUCAAAAAGAGCUCAAUGAAAUUGCAGAAACUACAGACACUGGUUCACCAAAUGGAUGGCAAUUCAUACUGACAGAGACCACAUUAGCUCUGCUUCGACAUUCAGCACACUUCAUAUCUGGUUAUUCAUCUGUGAAACAGGAAUGGGGUGUUGAAAAUGUGGAGAAGGGAUUCAGAGAACUCUCAAGUGAAGAAAGAGGGAAAAUGGACGUGGAGUCUCUAGUUAAUGUCAACAAUGUCAAGAUGCAAAGACCAGUUAGUCGUAAAGCUAGCAAACAUCACAAAGAUUAUAUUGUGGUGACAAUCCUGUUAGCUGCUAAAGGUUCUUACGAAGUUCCUGCCAUUAGAAGCAUUCAUGACAUGAAAGACGCCUUGAGAUCUUUGAAUAUUGGUUCCAGCAGUCUUCUGGCCGUAGAGGUGCUCUGGACUCCCCAGGAUGAGAAUGAUACCUUGUCAGAGGAGGCAAUGCUUGAAGAUUACCCACUUUUGAGACCUAUUUGAUUCUCUGGCAAUAAUUUUUCAUCUGAAGUAAACGAGAGUUAAGUAACUUACUUUUGCAACGUAUUGUUGUUUGUAGGAAGAUGAUUCAGUUUUCAGAAUUUUAGUUUCAUAGGGCUGCCUUGCAGUGUGGUCUUUUUUCUGUUUAGACAAGCUAAAAUGCAGUCAUUCACAGUCAAAUACUCAACACAAAUACAUAAUUAAACAAAUUUUAUGAAUUCCCUUUGCAAAAUUUAUAUAAUAAAUUAAAUCUCUCCAUUUCCAAGCAUUCGAUGAAAUGGGAAGUAUUUACUUUAAUGGUUUAAAUUAUCCUAUGUCAAGUUAAAUAUAUAUCCAGACUGGUUUUUUCUUGAUGUUGACAAAUAUAAUAUUAUAAUGUGUCAUUUACUUUGUCAUUUGUAAUAUAUGUCAUUGUUUUUUUUUUUUUUAAUGGAGAAUGGAAAUUAGAAUAGUGGAUUAGGAGAUCUCUCACAUUUAUUCAUAUGUACUUAUCACGGUUAAAUCUAUAAGUGUUAUAUGUCAUGUGCUAUGUGUCAUUCUUUAUGAAGAGUUUUUUUUCUUUAAA